CAGCGCCGAACACAUCGUUGUCGUCGGGUCCCACCACAUCCACCUCAAGACACCCGAUUCAAGAUGACUAAGAAGAGAAGAAAUAACGGCCGCAACAAGAAGGGACGUGGCCACGUCAACUUCGUUCGCUGCUCGAACUGCUCGCGAUGCGUGGGCAAGGACAAGGCGAUCAAGCGCUUCACAGUGCGCAACAUGGUGGAGAGUGCUGCUGUCCGGGACAUCAGCGAUGCGAGCGUUUACUCUGAGUACGUUAUCCCCAAGCUGUACAUCAAAAUUGCCUACUGCGUCUCAUGCGCUAUCCACUCGCACGUCGUCCGUGUCCGCUCCCGCGAGGGCCGUCGCAACCGUGCACCCCCGCCCCGUGUACGGUGGAAGGAUGGCAAAAAGGUCAACCCCGCUGUCGCCGCGGCCGAGGACGCCAAGGCGGCUCAGGCCCGCGCUGCUGCAUAGGCUACGUAUGUGCGGACAAUAUCAUGUUUUCUCCGCCGCAUCCGUCUUGCAUCCACCUCAUGCUGUCACCAAAUCCGAUUGACACUCCCAGCCUGUACCACUACGCAGAGCGCGAUGUACUGCCCCCUAUUUGAGAGAAUGGAUGCACUUGGGUGUUGUCCUGCCCUUUCAUCUCACGUGAGGACCGUUACAGAGGACUCCAGAUCAUGCACGAAGACCAGAAGCUUGAUCCGCACCUUCUAGGACCCCUAGCCUUCGCGCGCAUCUACCUGACAGCCUGUUAGCCUCUUGAAGGGUUGGUGCCGUGUUGAGUCCUUUGUUGGUCACGUCCCUUACACAUGAAUACCUGGGCUACUGGCGUGUUGUCUGGAUCCUCCGGCGGACACACGAACUAUAUUGUUUGGAC